AUGGAUGCGCAUGGUAUCCUUGAGGCGCGUGGAGCCCGGGUGGCUGAGAGCAGCGUGAUACCAUUGGAUGGUAUGUUGGACAUACUGUUGAGGUUUGGUUUGCGUCAGCUUGGUAAGCUCAGCGUCCUGAGUUUGAGCAUCAGCGAUAGACUUGAAAUCAAGAACAAAAGGUCAACAUUGGAUGUGGUUUCAAUGAGAGGGGCAUACUCUUGGUAG